GUUGGGUUGUUGAGUCUUUUGUUGUUUAUGGAAAGUACAGAAUCAGGUCCAUCCAUAGAAUAUCUUAGUUAUGAUGAGAUAGUAAAAGGUUUACACGAUUUGCAACACCAAUAUCCCGAUGUUGUUCGUUUAUAUAGUUCUCAAGACGCCUUUCAACUUGCUUCCGUGGGUCGUUGUGGAGUGCAACAGGAACCUUGUACUAUAUGGAUUGUAGAGUUGGUCAAUCGUACUGGCAAAUCCCCACAACAAUUGGCACAGUUACCUGAAAUGUUGGUUUCCGGAGAACUUCAUGGAGAUGAGCCUAUUGGAACAUUGUCCAGUUAUUAUUUCAUCAAGACCUUAGUAGAACAUAGUCCUAGAGAUCCUUGGUUAUCCAUGUUAUUGAAUACUAGAAUGGUUACCGUGAUUCCUAUGACCAAUGCUGUGGGAUAUUCUCAUGGAGUGAGAGGAGAGUCAGAACAAGGCACCGAUUAUCUUGGUAUGGAUCCCAAUAGAGACUUUCCUUUUGAUCAAGAACCAAACAAUUGUAUGAGAACUGUGGCAGCGAGAACUAUUUAUUCCUUAUUUCAUCGACAUUUGUUUCAAAUAUUAUUAACAUUUCAUGGAGGCACCAAUGUGUUGAGUUAUGAAUGGGGAGAUACGAAACAUUGUUCAUCUACAUUGCCAUGUGAACCAUGUCCUGAUUCUGAGAUAAUGCAUUUGAUAGCCAACAAGUUACAACAAGUUUCCGGUUCAGCAGGUGAUUAUGAGACUCCUUAUGUUAUAGGUGAUAUGGGUUCACAAGUUUAUCCUGUUCGUGGAGGUUUAGAAGAUUGGGCAUAUGGAGCGAGUUGGAGUGAUGUUAGUGGAUAUUGUUUAUGGAGUCCUUCCACAGCCACCAAUAUUUCCAAUCGUUGUAUUGCCUAUCUUAUUGAAACGAGUCACAAUAAACAUCCAUCUAAUUCUACUUUGGGAUAUUAUGAUUGGCCUAUGAUUCGUGAAAGGGAUGGCCAUAUUCCACGCAAUAUUCGAUUGUCACUUGUAGCUAUGGAGUUGUUGAAACCUUUUAUUUAUUUGAUUGGAUGGGGAGAGCCUUUAGGGAGGAAUGUGAUGAAUGGAGGAUGGAAUGAUCGAAUCAUGAAUAGCAGAUGGAGUGAACGAAGACCUUUGAAUAAGGAUAGAAUGGAUGAGUUUUUAUGGGUUUGGUGGGUUGGAGGAGGUUUAGUUGUACAUGAGACUUGGAUUCAGUUUGCGACAGCUAAGGAGGAUUCCAUUUCCUUACAUGGCUCAACUAUGAAACAGAAUAAUACGAGUGAAUGGAUGGAUCCCUUUAUGAAUGAUACUUUGAGUGGCUAUUUAUUCCAUGAUUCCAUCAAUUUAACUCAAUUAUUGUUACAAGUUGGUAAAGAACAUGCUAUUUAUUUCAGAGGAUGGUUAUCGAUGGAUCGAUAUGAAGAGAAUGUACAAAGUCAUUGGAUACAGGCAAGAAACAAUGAUAGUUGGUUUGGUUCUAUUCCAGGACAUGUGAUAAGUGGACAAAGUUAUUAUGUGAGUGAUUGUGUACGAAUAGAGUGGAAGAAGAACGAAGAUGUAUAUGAAAUAAGUAAGGUGGAUGCGGACCAAUUGCAAUGGAAUAGGGAUGAAGAAUAUCCCACUCGAUUGGAAAAGAAUUUGUCUAUUUGGAGUUGGUUGAAAUGGGUUUUAUUGGCCAUUGUUUUAGGUCCUGGAACAUUUCCUUUAUUGGGUUGUAUUGGAGUUGGAUGUUUAAGACUUUUUGGAAUAAGAAUGCCUCGUAUAACUAUACAACGUAUAUGGAGUCAUUGGAUAUCUAAAAGAGCUACUACAGAGAAUAAUUCAUCGGUUUAUUAUCCUAUGCAGUCUUCAUCAUCAUCAUCAUCACCACCAGAAGAAGAAGAAGAAGGCUUAUGGAAUGAAAAACUUGUCAAAUAAAAUACUUUUUGUUGGGAAAAAGAUUGAUUCUUAUGUGGGCAAAAGAAAAUGAAAACUUGGGUC